ACUAAGAGAACUAUUAGCAUUCAUUGAGAAUGUGACUCCUCCUUCUCUAGAGAGCUUAAAGGAUACUGUAGUCAGAUGCAAACUGAAGACAGCCCAGUCAGGAAAAAAAUGUGAUUUUCUACCUAACCUUUCCACUUAAACUGUUUGGGAUUAAUUUCUUACAGGCAGUUCUAUUGAACAAACCUUGGUAAAUAUCUUCCCACUGAAAUGGUGAUUAUAACAACAAAACAAAUUGUAAGUGUGGGGGCUUUGACAUAACAAAAACUUCCAUCAAGUCCCUAAAGAGAGUGGAGUCAUUAACAUACAGGCAUGACCCUUGGCAAGAGAACAACUAGGAACAAAGAAUUAUUACUAAGAGGACAAUAAAGUGGUUUAGAUACAUCAAGAUCAAUUAGGCAUUAGUUUUAAUAUAUCCUAAAGUUAAAAGCUAUAAAACAACAGUGAAUUUUCCAUUUGCAUCAUUUAAAGUUCACAGCCCAAGGAAAAUAGCAUGUAUACAGAAACCAGAGAGCCUUCUGUGAAUUGUGUGUCAAUUAUCUAAUUACCUUUGAUAACAUCAGGUGCAAGCCUUCAAGGAAAAGGCUUUAAAGAGCUCUUGCAGGUAUGGGUGUAUUAGGAGAGUAAUAAGGCUUGUUGAAGGGAGAAGAGAAAGGAGGAGGAGCUGCAUCUUGCAUUGAAAUGAAUGUCCUGUCCCUGGUUGAAAGAAUGCGAGAGACAAGAGUUACACAACAGUUGCUGGAGCAUGUCUAUCAACUCCAAAUACAGCUUCUCAGCUUGGGAAGAGAGACAGGGAGACUGGUUUCUACUUUGACUCUUACUUCCAGGCUGAGAUGCUGCCAUGUAUUCCUGCUAGUCAAGAAAGAAUCCAAGCCUGGCUCCUACCUCCUAGCCUCCCUCCUUCCUCUGCAAUGUCUGUGGAUGGGGAAGAGUGAGAGCACUUUGAGAUCCUGCUGCCUGGGCAGCUCCUUGCUGAGGUAACAGGACAGAGAAGAUCAGCAACAAGAUCUCAGCCUACAGACACAGCUCCACCUUAGGGCUUGCAUAGGGCAGCUGCCCUUGAACUCCCAUCAUGAAAAGCCUGUGCACCACCAGCUUGGGCAAUAGCUCUGAACAUUAGCUGCUCAGAGGUGGUGCUUACAUCCCUGCUUCUCUGACUGGUAAUUCCCCGCACCAGUUGGAGGAGUGUUGCCUGUCUGCACAAUGGGAAUUGCUUUGAGGUCUGGACAACAUGGUGUCCCAGCCAGGUGGGAAGGAGAUAUGUCUGCGCUCCUGGUCAGCACCAGUAUCAGCCCUCUGAUUUCUGAAGGGAAAUUGUAGUGACUUCUUCACCUGAAAGCCUUGUGGCCAGCUGAGCCUUUUCCAUGUUCGUGACCAGAAACCUGCAUUUGCAGCUCUUUAAGAAGGUUUGACCCUGACUCCUCAAGGACUGGGAAACACAACUGACAUGAGACCACACCAACCAAAAAUCAGAUUCAGGAAAUGAUGCAAGUUUAAUUUCUGCUUGAAAUGCUCAGAAAUAUGGCACCUCGGAAAAGGAGAUUUUUCCAGACCUGAGACUGGUCUGAGUAUAUGACUACUCAUACUUUUAUCUGGCUCAAAAUACAGGAUGACAAAGAAGCCAACAGACCCCUGCCAAACAAAGGAGACCAUGGACUAGGAAAUGAGAAAUUCAAACCUGUGGUACCUUGGCCUCAUGUUGAAGGUGUGGAAGUGGACUUGGAAUCCAUUCGAAGGAAAAAUAAGGCCAAAAACGAACUAAAUCAGCAUGGUGUUGAUAACAAGCAGCAAAACAUCCUCCAGAGGCAGUAUCUCACAUUUAAACCUCAGACAUUUGUGUACCCAGACCCUGUGUUACGACCUGGAGUCCUUGGUAAUUUUGAACCCAAAGAGCCUGAGCCUCAUGGAGUUGUUGGUGGCCCUGGAGAGGAGGCGAAGCCAUAUGUCUUAGGACCAGAUUACAAAGAAUCCGUUCAAGCCAGCAUUAAGGAGUUUGGCUUUAAUAUGGUGGCGAGUGAUAUGAUCUCGCUAGAUCGGAGCGUUAAUGACUUGCGUCAAGAAGAAUGCAAAUACUGGCAUUAUGAUGACAACCUGCUCACCUCCAGCGUUGUCAUCGUCUUCCACAAUGAAGGGUGGUCCACGCUCAUGAGGACAGUCCACAGUGUCAUCAAGAGAACACCAAGGAAAUACUUGGCAGAAAUUGUUCUGAUAGAUGAUUUUAGCAACAAAGCACACUUACAAGAGAGGCUGGAUGACUACAUAAAGCAGUGGAAUGGCCUUGUAAAGGUAUUUCGAAAUGAGAGGAGAGAAGGUUUGAUCCAAGCUAGAAGCAUUGGAGCCCAGAAGGCUAAACUUGGACAGGUUUUGGUUUACCUUGAUGCCCAUUGUGAGGUGGGAGUUAAUUGGUAUGCACCACUUAUAGCUCCUAUAUCUAAGGACAGAACCACAUGCACUGUGCCGCUAAUAGAUGUCAUAGAUGGCAACACUUUUAAGAUUGUGCCGCAAGGGGGUGGUGACGAAGAUGGGUUUGCUAGAGGAGCGUGGGAUUGGAGUAUGCUAUGGAAGAGGGUUCCCUUGACCAAGAGAGAGAAGGAAAGCAGAAAGACAAAAACUGAACCGUAUCGGUCCCCUGCAAUGGCUGGUGGAUUGUUUGCCAUUGAGCGUGAUUUCUUCUUUGAACUGGGUCUCUAUGAUCCAGGGCUUCAAAUCUGGGGUGGUGAAAAUUUUGAAAUUUCUUACAAGAUCUGGCAGUGUGGGGGAAAGCUGCUGUUUGUUCCCUGUUCUCGUGUUGGACACAUCUAUCGUCUGCAGGGCUGGCAAGGAAAUCCACCCCCUGUGUAUGUUGGGUCUUCUCCUACGUUAAAGAACUAUGUCAGAGUUGUAGAAGUGUGGUGGGAUGAAUACAAAGAUUACUUCUAUGCCAGCCGGCCGGAGACAAAGGCGCUGCCCUAUGGGGAUAUAUCUGAGCUGAAAAAAUUCCGUGAAGAUCACAACUGCAAAAGUUUUAAGUGGUUUAUGGAAGAAAUAGCAUAUGAUAUAACUUCAUAUUAUCCCUUACCACCCAAAAAUGUGGACUGGGGAGAGAUUAGAGGCUUUGAAACCUCUUACUGCAUCGACAGCAUGGGGCACACCAACGGUGGUUUUGUUGAGCUUGGGCCAUGCCACAGAAUGGGAGGAAAUCAGCUUUUCCGAAUCAACGAAGCCAAUCAACUCAUGCAGUACGAUCAGUGCUUAACUAAAGGACCAGAUGGAUCCAAAAUCAUGAUUACACACUGUAAUCAGAAUGAAUUCAAGGAGUGGCAAUUCUUCAAGAGUCUGCACAGAUUUACUCACAUUCCAUCAGGGAAGUGCUUGGAUCGCUCCGAAGUCCUCCAUCAAGUUUUCAUUUCAGAGUGUGACUCCAGUAAAGCAACACAAAAAUGGGAAAUGAACAACAUCCUUAGUGUGUAGACAGACAAAACCUACCUACUGACGCAUUCAUUUGUACAGGACUGAAAAUAGCCUGAAAACUGCUGCAGUUAUUAACUUUGUACAGCUGUGAGCCUCCUGGCUUGGAUGAAGGACAUAGAGGAACUGUGAUUAUUACAAUAACAUUAUCAUCCGCAGUUAAUGUUUACAAAAACUGCUUUACCUUAAACUCUGUAGAUGUUUACAUCUUUUUGUUUCAAGAUGUUGGUAAAUUAAUGUGCUGUUAGCUAUGGUUCAUAGGAACAUAGUUAAAAGCGUUGUCGUCUUCUUUGGGAUUACACUCAGGGGUCUGAAGGCAGUUUUUUUACACACACUUGAAAAGGUUGUAGUAAUCAGAUUUUCAUAGAACUUGGUGAUUAUCAACCUGUUGUAUAUUUUUAUUUAAUUUUACAUCUUACUAAGCACUGCCACAGGUUAUUAGCCAGGGUGGCCUUCUCUCACAAAUCAUGCUGCUUUUUUGGAAGAUGAAUUUGAACAUAUUUAGUGCCUCUUUCAUUUCUCUCUUUCACAAGGAAAGCAUUUGUUGGGAAUUUUCAGUGGGUUGCUCUGAGCUGUCACCAGGGGUAGGGACCAGCCGUACCAGCCUGCGUAAUUACUGUGCUAAUGAAGACAAAUUUCUAUUGCCAGUUUGGCUGCUCUGCUUUCGACGGAGUGCUUGGUACAGUGGAAGGAAGACAGUCGAGUUUAGUGCUAAUGUGGUACAAUUUGAUGGAGGUAAGCACCCUCACAAAUCCAGUCAAGAAUUUAUAAGCACUAAUUUGCUUUUUUAAACCAUGCCUUACAUAAAAAUAAUUAAAAUAAACAACAACAAAAAAACCCAAGCUGCACAAUUAUGAAAACUUGGAAAGAAUCAACUGCUUCAUUUAUACUGCUAUUUUGAAUGGAAAUCACUUAGAGGUGGACUGAAACUUAUAAUUAGGAAAAAAACAUCCAGCUACUUAACACAUCUGUGUAAUUCAUCACAAGGACAUCUGUCAGCCAGUUUGGAUGCCAGAUUUCAAUUCCAAAAGAGAAAUGGAAAUCCUGAAAUCACACUUGUUCAAACUAAUUUUCUUGUUAUUUCUGUCAUUCACAACUUCUCCAGAGGGAUUACAAACACGAAAAACCAACUGCUUGGUGCUACAGUGUACAGAGUAGAAUGUGAAGAAGUUUCUAAAAAUGUUCUGGAAAGGAGUUGAUGCGAACUCCCUUAGGAAUAUAAAUAUUGACUCUGAACAAAUAGAGAGGUGGAGAGGAAAUGACUUAUCCUCACUUCCUUUGUCCAGAUUUUGUAACUUAAAUGUUGACAUCAGUGUACUGAUUCCAUAACUGUUGUCCCUAUAACACGUCACACAAUUAAGUAUGACUAAAUACUUCCCUGAAGUCUAGAAUAGCAUUGCAUGCAGUUUCCAUUGAUGUUAACAAGGGUUAUGUAUCAUAUUUGGUGACAGAGUUGGAUCUUUAUAGGGCUGUCAGCACUGAUCUGUUAGUUUGGGAUGUUUCCUAGUUUCUUUAAACUUCUCAUCUAUCCUUUCAGAGCUAUGAAAAAUAGAAAAUAAAGGAGGGAGAAACUGGAAAAAAAAAAAAAGGAAAAUAAGGUUUUGUGCUGGUACUUGUUCCUUGUGUGUGUGAAAACUGACUCCAUUUGUGUGUUGGGUUGAUUAAUUUAAACAUACAACUAUGCAUAAGAGAAAGAAUGGUGGCACAUAAAUUGUGCGGGUGUGCAUUUUAAAUGGGUAUUAUGUGCAAUUCAUUGGAAGCUGAUGCUGUAUGUGAAUAUGAAUCUGUAUGUGAGACUGAAACCUUACAAAACAUGAGAUCAUAAGAAGCUGUUGCUGUAAUGACUUUUUCCUACUAUAGCCGGCUUGAAAAAAAAUAAUUCCCAUAUUCUUGCUUUGUAAGUUGAUGAUAAUAUCACUAUGCAUUUCUACAUAUUUUAUAAAUUUGAUUUAUGCAGAUUUUGAUACACUGUAUGUUUCUGUAGAAAUUGUAUAAAUCUUUAAAAAAUUUAUUAGGGAAAAAUCUGGGAAACCUAUGUAUAUCUUACUCAUGGGUUGCUUGUUUUUUAGGUGAAGUAAAUAAAAUAUUUGAAUUUUUUGUUUUACUAUA